CCUUGACUCACUGUUAUAAGUAUCAACAGCCCCCCCAUCUUUCUUAGCUAUUGAACCACAACACACAAAUGGCUUCACGAACUCUUUCACGAGCUGCCCGCUCCCAAUUGGCACGCCAAUUCUCUGCGCCAGUGGCUAAGCGUACCUUCGUGUCCGCCAUCAAUGCUGCUGCCAGACCAGCUGUCGCCAGAGCUGCAGCUCCAGUCCAGCAGUUCCGUGGUGUCAAGACCGUUGACUUUGCUGGCGACAAAGAGCAGGUCUAUGAGCGCUCCGACUGGCCUCGUGAGAAGCUCCUGGAGUACUUCAAGGAUGACACUCUUGCUAUGAUCGGAUACGGUUCGCAAGGACACGGUCAGGGUCUCAAUGCCAGAGAUCAGGGCCUCAACGUCAUUGUCGGUGUCCGCAAGGGUGGACAGUCCUGGAAGGAGGCCCAGCAGGAUGGAUGGGUUGAGGGCAAGAAUCUCUUCGAGAUCGAUGAGGCCAUCACCCGUGGUACCAUCAUCAUGAACCUCCUCUCCGAUGCUGCCCAGUCCGAGACCUGGCCUCAUAUCAAGCCGCAAAUCACCAAGGGAAAGACUCUUUACUUCUCUCACGGAUUUUCCCCUGUGUUCAAGGAGCUCACCAAGGUCGAUGUGCCAACUGAUGUCGAUGUCAUCCUCGUCGCCCCCAAGGGAUCCGGCCGCACUGUCCGCACCCUUUUCCGUGAGGGCCGUGGCAUCAACGCCUCCAUCGCCAUCUACCAGGAUGUCACCGGCAAGGCUCUCGAGAAGUCCACUGCCCUCGGUGUUGCCGUCGGCGCCGGAUACAUGUACCUUACCACCUUCGAGAAGGAGGUCUACUCUGACCUUUACGGUGAGAGAGGCUGCCUCAUGGGCGGCAUCCACGGUAUGUUCCUCGCCCAGUACGAGGUUCUCCGUGAGCAGGGCCACUCCCCUUCGGAGGCCUUCAACGAGACCGUCGAGGAGGCUACCCAGUCCCUCUACCCUCUCAUCGGUGCCAACGGCAUGGACUGGAUGUACGAGGCCUGCUCGACCACCGCCCGCCGCGGUGCCAUCGACUGGAGCAACAAGUUCAAGGACGCCCUCAAGCCCGUCUUCAACGAUCUGUACGACUCUGUUAAGACCGGCAAGGAGACCCAGCGCUCCCUCGACUACAACUCCCAGCCUGACUACAGAGAGAAGUACGAGGCUGAGAUGCAGGAGAUCCGUGACCUCGAAAUCUGGAGGGCCGGAAAGGCCGUCCGCUCGCUCCGCCCCGAGAACCAGAAGUAAAUGGUUGAUGGGUCGGCGGUGGCUGGUGGUGGUUGGUGAAUGGCAGUAUUUGUUGAUGGGGGAAUUUAUUUUCGAACGGCGCAUGUUUGUACUAUA